AUGGCGAGACGUCCCAUCCCGCGAGCACCACGGCGGAACCUUCAAUUGUACACCGGUGUACAGUCAGCAGCUGACGGUACGGAUGGGGAACCACUGCAGCUUCCGAACUCCCGUGGUACUUCGGCUGAGUAUGUGGAGCUGCAGAUAGAAGUUCUCUCCCCUUUCGUUGUUCGGCUGAUGUUAUUCAUGUGGUACGCCGUUUUAAUUGCAGCCGUGAUUGUGGAGAGUAUUGAUUUUGUUGCAUGGGGUGUGGUAAACGUAUGCGGUGAGGAUGUGAGCGAUAUGCGUCAUUAUGAUCUCUGGGAUAGUCCUUGCGCGAGGACUGAAGUGGAGAACGACACUACUGCGUUGUACACCGUUCACUGGGAAGGAAGACCAUACGAAGAGAACUUCUUCAGCGAUUCAAUGGUGAGGUUUGUCAACGUUGUCUUUAGUCUGGCGUCUCCAGAUGACUGGGACAUGACGGAGGAGGAUAUACGCAAGUAUGAACUGGAGGCGUAUGUCUUCGGCAAGGCGGAUCCCCAGAAUGGCACCAAGUUGCCGUUCCCCAUUACUUGCAGACGGUCAUCAUCACGCUGUGAAUUUGCGGAGCUAAAGGCGGAGGCCGUGCUAAUUGCCGCGGGUGGAGGAAAGGCGUCGGUUUCACUAAGUGGUUUGCCAGCGAGUCUCGCACGCGGGGCCAACAGCUCUUCCAUCGGGAUCCUAUUUCAAAAGCCCAAGUAUGUGUUGGGAACAUUUGUUUGGCGUUACGUGUUUCUGGUGAUUUCGUUCCUUCAUCUUGUGCGAUUUAUCGUGUAUAAAAAAUAUACCUGCACUCUAUACGAGCAGAGCUGGGUGGUGGCGUUGCAGCUCUCGCUCUUCUGGUAUCUCAAUCCCUUGAGCAUUCUAACCUCCACGUCGCAGCGGCCAUCGUUCGUGCUUGACUUCCUUGAGUUUCACUUCCCAACAUGGUAUAUGGCGAUGACGAUAGGCUUCAUGUUCUCCGUUAUCACUGCCUCGAUGCGGUGGGCGUCGCCACUCAACCCAGAAACUCAAAAACACAAGCUGUGGAGCUUCAUUGGCAUUAAAGAAUACUUGUGCCAAAGGAGUAGUAUCUGCGACCCGCCAAUGUGGACAAAGAUAGUAGCAGUGCUUUUUAUUGUUGUAAUCAUUCUGCUGGAUUUUAUCGAAACAGUGUGGCACAACAUACUUGAAUUUUAUGGGUGGAAACCGUGGUCGCGACCUAUGUAUUACAGCAUCGCUGCCCUGCUCGUCCUUGGGGCGCUCAUUUGCUGUGGGUUCCUUGUCCACCUUCAUCGGAAUCUUGGGGCGAAAUCGUAUCUGUUCUCACGCCCACAACAGAUUGCGUGCCGCGUUUUUAUCCUUGUUUUUGGGAUGGCGUUCAUAUUUCACCUAUUUCUGAUUGUCAUGUUCUUCACACGCUACAAUACGAUCCCCGGAAUGGUGGCACCACAACCAUUAAUCCAGCUCCCGGCUAUCAUGGUGGAAACGUUCCUUACAAAUAUUAUGACACUCAUUUACACAACACGCAAUCGAAGUGAUUUGGUGCCGAUUCACCCACGUGAUGAGCGUUGGAAACAUAUGGUUUGGCCCGACACGUGGUACCGCUGGAUUGCCCGUCACGGUGGAAGCAUGUACAUAUUCCAUAGUGAAGCAGAAGAAACGUUGUUUAACUGGAAUCAGUGUGAAUUCCGUCACCGCCAAUACAUGGCGAGGAUCAAGAGGAAAUAUCGCGGUGCUGCACCACCAGUCCAUCUGCGCGCCAUGUCGCAGGAGGUACAGGGCACAACACAGAACACCAACGCAGAGAGUGAAACAGUAGAACGCGCCCAAACGUUCGCCGACUUUCGUUCACCAUAUGGGCACACCUUUCUUUCUUCUGCUCCUACAAUGGGAGACGCUCAUGAAUUUCUUAACAUGGACAAGACCUCCACAUGGUUUCUCCCUGCCCACGCACGUCGUCUGACAGGGGAGUCGGGGUGCCGCUCUCCCAACAGCCGCUCGUUCUCUAUGGAGAUACCUACAAAUCGCAAUACGAGUGCGUUCACGGGAGCUCCCUCCGAUACAUGGCAGAGCGGUACCAACACUCCACACCAAGUAUUGCCUCACCGGACAAAUCUGCAGACAUCAAUGCACUACCCAGACCUCCUCCGUUCGUACUACCUCACUCAGCAGCCCAAUGGUGGUGGUGGUGAUGGUGAUGGUGCUGCUCGUCCUAGCGUGGAGGGAGGAUCAGCAAUAGGCGCGUGGAUUAACCCUGACAACCCACUACGGCGCAACGACAGGGAAAUGGCUGGUGAGACGGAAAGGGAAUCGGACCGUUUGAUGCGUACGUUGGGGCGUGCACAAGAGAUGCUGGGCUCUAUCAUGAGGAGUGCGGAGCGGAACUUAAUAACUCGGCCAGUUUACGCGUUCGAGCAGUUGGAAACUGCCAUUCUCGAUGCUGCCCAACGACCGUUUCAGGAUAUCGAAUACCUCCCUUUCUUCAAUCUCGAAACGGCCAUCGACUGCUUCAACCUAUCUUGGGAAGCGUAUGGAGCCUCGUACCGACCGGAGGGUAGAAUGGAGCGACGGCCUUUGCAGCCUUCGGUAUUUCGUCUCUGCUGCUGCUGCUGCUGCUGCUGCUGCUCCGCUUCGCCAUCUUCACUUUCAUUCGAUAGUAUCGUGGAGUUGCCAGCUGCUUCCACAGUGGCGAUGCCGGUGGGGUCGGAUGGGGAGGGCAUUGAUGGUGAUGGUGCCGGGGAAACGAUGGGCACGGAGGACUCCAACGCCCCGCCGCCCAUCAAUGUUGAGCAGUAUGGCUACGUUCUUAUUGCAGUGCUUGAGGCGAUGGACGUGCAGGUCAUAAUAUCGCUCUUUGAUGCACAAGAGUCAGGGCACGAAGAAAAGGCAUCGAGAAUUGUUAUCGCCUUCCGCGGCACGAUGAACAUGAGCAACGCCUGGCAAGAUCUUCGCGUCCGUCGUGUGGUGUGGGACGAAAUGGUUGAAGAUGAACCAGAGUCGUUUCGGAAGCUGCGCUGUGGGUGGCAGCCGACUGUGCAUGUGGGAUUCCUUUCCAUUUGGAACGCACACCGCGAACACAUUCAGCGGAAACUCUGGGGUGUUUUGGCGGCCAAGCCUACGACUGUGUAUCGUAUUUUUUGCACUGGCCACAGCCUUGGCGGCGCUCUCGCAUCGCUCUGCGCGUACAGUGUACGCAAUAUGCUCCGUCGAAAGGAGUAUCCACUCGCGGAGGUGACCGUUUACACGUUUGGGCAGCCACCGCUCGGUAAUAGCGCCUUUCGAAAGACGUACAACAAGGCUGUCCCGCGUACCUUCCGUGUUGUUAACGAGAGUGAUGCGGUCUCGCUGAUUGGUGUGUACGGCUGCCACGUCGGCAUUGAGGUGGACAUUGACCGUCAUGGCAACUGCAUUUGCAAGCCGACAUAUAUGGAACGUCUAUUCCGUCCAAUAAAAGGUAAAGGCUUCGCCGUUGAAAACCACCUUAUGAGUUUUUAUGGCACCUCGUUGAAUGCCCUUGGGGAGGGUACCGGCUGCCCGAUCUCAGCCUUUAUUGGGACUGGUGAAGCUUGUGACAAUGAUGGUGGGGGCAAUGGCGGCAGUAAUGGUGAGGCGGUACCACAAGCUGGGAGUUGA